CUUCUCUGAUCAGACUUGUGGAGGGAUCUCACCUAUGCGACUGCAAAUGUUUGCGUACUGUACGUGCAAAUCAGUGAUAUGCUGUAGCUAAAAAUAGCUGUACAUGUAUUAUCUGAGUCCCGAAUAAUAUAAACUCCACCAACUGUUCUUGUAUGUCUUCUUACAGUUCAUCUUGUUUACAGGGUUUUAGCCUUAGAUAAACAUGGCAGAGAAAAGAGUAAAAAGAAAAUAUUGUGUUGAAGAUUUAGCCCAAGCUGUUGAGGAUGUAAAAAGCAAGAGAAGAUCCAUAAGAGAAGCCUCUUCAUUUCAUAAGAUUCCAAGAGCCACUCUGGCAGAGAAGGUAGCUAAAGGAAUCAUUGUUCCUACGAGAUAUGGCCCUCAAGGUAUCUUGUCGGAUGCAGAGGAGGAGUGUUUAAUCAAUUACAUAAUUAAAUCCAAUCGCAGAGCCUAUCCAACCACCAGAGACGAUGUGCUGAAUUGGGUGGAGGGUAUACUGAAGAAGGAGGUGAAGGAGGGAUGCAGAAGGAAGCGGCCAACAGGUUGUGUGAACUUCAGGCCAGGAAAGACUUGGUGGAAACUCUUUAGGGCCAGGCAUCCAGAGGUGUUUAUUAUGUCGCCGGUAUUCCUCUCUAAGGCUAAAAGAGUAGUUACGGAAACAUCAGUACAUCAGUGGUUCUCUGCAGUAAGAGAGUAUCUUUGUGAAGAGAAGUGUGCUGAUGUGCUGAGUGACCCAUCGAGAAAUUUUUAUAUGGACGAGGUUUGCUUCUCAAUCUCACCGACCACUGGAAAGGUCAACAGUAUUAGUGGAGCCCCUGAUCCUUAUCUCGCUUGGCUUUCAGCUCAGCUCAAGACUAUCACCGUACUAGCUGUGGUGGCUGCUGAUGGGAAGGUUCCAUCACCUGUGGUUGUGUUUCCUGGCAAGAUACUCUCCAACAAGAUUAUAGAGAACAGACCAUUACAUCUGGACUGCAGUUUGGGGCUCAGUAACUCGGGCUGCAUGACAGUUGAAAUAUUGACCGACUAUCUUCUCAACACAUUUGACCCAUGGCUGGUUAGAAACAACAUCACAAAACCAGUUAUAUUAUGGACUGAUUGGCACGAAACUCGUGUAAGUUACUAUCUGGCCAAGGAACUCCAAGAGAGGCAAAUAAUAAUGUACGGUUUGCCGCUCGGUACGAAACCUUUCCUACAACCUCUGCAUGUGUCGGUAUUUGCCCAGUUGGAAAUCGCUUGGGAAAUUAAUGCCAGCAAAUGGUGUAAGGAGAAUCAAAAGGAAAAGCUAGACUGUAAAACGUUUCUCUGCAACUUCCUGCCACUUUACUAUGAGAUUUGCACUCCGGAUAUUAUUAAGGCAAGCUUCAAGACAUCUGGCAUACAUCCCUUUGACUCAACUGCUCCAGAUUACUCCAUGUUAGACUCGAAGAAAUAUAUCACGCAGGUUAAAACAGAGUGCAAGACGAUUAACAAAGGAGAGAUGUCCGGCAGAGGAGGAGUGGUGUCUGGCCAAGGAGGAGUGGUGUCCGGCAGAGGAGGAGUGGUGUCCAGCAGAGGAGGAGUGGUGUCCAGCAGAGGAGGAGUGGUGUCUGGCCAAGGAGGAGUGGUGUCCGGCAGAGGAAGAGUGGUGUCCAGCAGAGGAGGAGUGGUGUCUGGCCAAGGAGGAGUGGUGUCCGGCAGAGGAAGAGUGGUGUCCAGCAGAGGAGGAGUGGUGUCUGGCCAAGGAGGAGUGGUGUCCGGCAGAGGAAGAGUGGUGUCUGGCAGAGGAAGAGUGGUGUCCGGCAGAGAAGAGUGGUGUCCGGCAGAGGAAGAGUGGUGUCCGGCAGAGGAAGAGUGGUGUCCAGCAGAGGAGGAGUGGUGUCUGGCCAAGGAGGAGUGGUGUCCGGCAGAGGAGAGUGGUGUCUGGCAGAGGAAGAGUGGUGUCCGGCAGAGGAAGAGUGGUGUCUGGCAGAGGAAGAGUGGUGUCCGGCAGAGGAAGAGUGGUGUCUGGCAGAGGAAGAGUGGUGUCCGGCAGAGGAAGAGUGGUGUCCAGCAGAGGAGGAGUGGUGUCUGGCCAAGGAGGAGUGGUGUCCGGCAGAGGAAGAGUGGUGUCUGGCAGAGGAAGAGUGGUGUCCGGCAGAGGAAGAGUGGUGUCUGGCAGAGGAGGAGAGUGGUGUCCGGCAGAGGAAGAGUGGUGUCUGGCAGAGGAUGAGUGGUGUC